UUCGCUUGAAAUAGAGGAAUUGAAAAGGGGUUCAAAUGGAAGCUUGGUUAUGUGUUCUUGUGCUUGGGCUUGUUUUGUUAAUUGCACAAAAAGUGGUGAUUAAUCUCUAUUGGAAACCAAGGAAAAUUCAAAAUUAUUUCUUGAAGCAAGGAAUUAGAGGUCCUAAAUACAAUUUUUUGUUGGGCAAUUUCAAAGAAAUGAAGAAUUUCCAACCUUCAUCUGAUGAGCACUUCCCUUUAUCCCAUGACAUUGUUCGAAAAGUUUUCUCAUUCUACCAUCACUGGAAAAAUAUUUAUGGUGCAACAUUUCUUGUGUGGUUUGGGCCAAUAGCUCGUGUUAUUAUUGCAGAUCCAAGUCUUAUUAAAGAUAUCUUCUUUUUACAAUUAAAUAAUUUUGAAAAAAUUGAACCACCUUCAUUUGCAAAGAAGAUUGAUGGCGAUGGUUUGCUUAAUCUCAAAGGAGAAAAAUGGGCUCGCCACAGAAAGAUAUUAACUCCAGCAUUUUACUCAGCAAAUCUUAAGUUAAUGAUUCCUAUAAUCGGAGAAAACAUGAAGGAUAUGUUGACCAAAUGGUCGUCAAAAAUAUCAAACGAUGACAAGGUGGAAAUUGAAGUUUCAAAGUGGUUCGUUAGAUUGUUAGAAGACGUGAUUAUACAUGCAUUAUUCGGAAGAAACUAUGAAGAAUAUGGAAAACUCAUCCUCAAGUUACAAGCACAACAAAAGGUUUAUGCCACUAAAGCUUAUGAACAAAUUUCCAUUCCCGGAUAUAGGUUCUUGCCUACUAAGAAAAACAUAAUUGCUUGGAGACUGGAAAGAGAUGUUAGAAAAACAUUUAUGAAGCUAAUUGAGCAUAGGAGAAAAAGAUUGUACUGUCGUGAUGAUCAUGAUAUACAAACAGAAGAUGGUCCAAAGGAUUUAUUGGAAGUAAUGAUCAAAACUAGUUCAACUAAUCCAAAUAUUUGCAGCUUGUCUACUGGCAUUAUCAACAUUGAUGAAAUUAUAGAUGAAUGCAAGACCAUAUUUUUUGCUGCCAAAUAUUCAACGUCAAAUAUGUUGACAUGGACCACCAUUUUAUUGGCCAUGAAUCCUCACUGGCAGGAACUUGCACGUGACGAAGUCUUCAAGGUUUGUGGAGCACGUGAUGCCCCAUCUAAGGACGAUAUUCCAAAGCUAAGCACGCUUGGGAUGAUCCUGAAUGAAUCCCUCCGACUAUAUCCACCUGUUGCGGCAGCAAUUCGACAGGCCAAAAUGGACACAAAAUUGGGAGGCUUGAACUUACCUAAAGGGACUGAGUUGCUUAUACCAAUUAUAGGAAUUCAUCACGAUUCAACAUUAUGGGGAGAAGAUGUUAAUGAAUUUAAUCCAGCAAGAUUUGCUCAUGGUGUAGCUCAAGCAGCAAAAAGCCCCAUGGCGUUCAUGCCCUUCGGCUUAGGCGCUCGCCAUUGCAUUGGGCAAAAUUUAGCUAUCAUUGAAGCUAAAGUGGUGAUGUCUAUGAUUUUGAUGCGCUUCUCCUUUCAACUUGCUCCAACUUACCGACAUGCUCCUGCUAUUCGUUUGUUCUUAUGUCCACAACAUGGAGCUCCAAUUAUCUUCCAGAAAUUGUAGGCUCCUUUUUGUUCUUCUAUCAAAACUAAAACUAGUAAUAUUAACAACUUUGAUUAUUAUAUAUUAAUUUUCAC